CUCUCCACCACAUCCCUCAAUUCUCCUUCUCUUCUUUUCGAUUAUUCCAAUCCACCAAUAUAGACCAUCUUCAUAAACGAUACUAUUCGAUCAUUCUAAAUCCUUGAACUCGAACCCGGUUAUUUCCUCCGGUGGAAUCUUACCGCCCUUCCAACUGAACUGGACCCAUACGAACGAUGCCGUCAUUUCCAUCGAAGCCUCUAGUCAGGCCAAGAGAUGAUGGCUUGCAAUUAAGUCACCAACUCCCCCAUCGCGUCUACACAGCAAAGAGCUACCCGAUCCUGGCGCCCAAUGGCUCAUCGAUUAUUAUCUACGGAUACGAAAACGGGUUGAAGGUGGUCUGGAGAGGAGGUCGACACUUUGCGGCACGGCAACCCGCUGUCGAGAAGGAGGACAAGCCACAGAAGGCGAACCGGGGCAGCGACGAUGCGGUCAUGAUCAUCGAUUCGGACGACGAGGGUGUGCCAGAAUCCCCGAGAGAGGACGCGGAGCCCAGCUACCAGUUUGAAACCGAGGAUUCCGAGGUUGAUCCAGCCCAUCCUUAUGAAAGUGUUUUCCGACAAGUCGACAUCCCCCUUGGAAGCAGGGUUCUCGACCUGGCCGUGCCUCGCAUUCUCCCAGAACCGGCGCGCUCAUCGCUCGAUCCAUUUCCGCCCAUUUUAAAGAAACUGAUGGUCGUGGUGGUUGUCUGCGCGGACUACUCAACUCGGAUCGUGACUGUUCCCUUGACGCCGCCCUACUCUCAGUCGCAAGCCUCAUCGCUGGGGACGCAGAUACUUUCGAUCGGGGGUGGCGUCACGCACCAGGAGUUUCCCCGGGGCGUGAGCGUGACUUUCACAUAUCAGGAGGCUGAGCAGCAAGAGGAUACGGAUAUGACCCGAAGCCGGAGCUCGUCCAGUAAGCUCAGUGCGAACGGCACCGGCCGGUGGGACCUUCUCGUGGCGACGCACUCGGCAGAGUCAUCUGGGUUACUUGUGCUACACCGUGCUCCGGUUGUGGAAGAGAAGGAAGGUUCAUACUGGAUAGACGAGGAGGACAUCGAGACAAAGCGGCGGUAUCUGCCCGCGCCGGCGCAGAACGUCGCCUUCAACCCGUCCCCCUACCCGUCACCCCGCCAUUCCACGCUGCUGGUUUCGUUCCACAGCGGCUGCGUCAAGAUCUACUCGUGCUUUUCCACGAAGCGGUCCAAGUCGUCGCGACGGACGUCAAGCUCCAAUGAUUAUGAGACGUCCGAGACGGAUGGAAAAUGGCUGAUCAGUCUGUAUCCCGGGUUUGAACAGUCCCCUUCGGGAGUCACGCGGCGGAAGACCAUCGUCAACGCGGAAUGGGUCCUCGGUGGCCGGGCUGUCAUGGUCCUCAUGGCAGAUGGUGAAUGGGGAGUCUGGGAUAUCGAGGGAGCCGGACCCGGGACGUCCAAGGGCCCGCUCCACCGUCAAGCCAGCAUCGAAGGGGUCUCCGGAGGCUCCCUGACCACAUUCUCCGUCAGCGGUCGGAUCCUGAGCCCGUUGCUCCGAGGGCAGGACACAGAGACAGCCGGACCUAGCGUGGUCGAGCAGCGGCCCAGAUUCGCCCCGCUGACGCCAUCCACCAAGCGACUUCGCGAGGACUCGCUCUUGAAGGGCUCCACGGUCAGCCCGCCCAGCCCAUCGCUCUGCGGCGAAAUCUCGGUGUACCAGACCAAUUCCUUCCGCGACCCGCUCCCAGACGAGUCGAUUCUCCUCCGCCACGGCGACCACAGCGCCAUCAUCCCCAGCCUGCUGUCAUUAUGGCGGAACGCAGUCCGCACAUCAGGGACAUUCGACGCGUCGAACCGCUGCCGUGUCUCAGCUCUCCAAGACAUCACGCUGAUGGGCGAGCACCUGAAAGGCAUCACCCACCUCCCGGCAGCAUCCCGGACCAACCGCAUGUCAGCGGGACAGAAGUUCGACAUCAUGCUCACAACAGAGCACCGGGUCAUGAUUCUAGCACCUAGACUCAGCGAACCCGCCGAAGCUUCCUCCUUCCGCCAAUCAGCGAACGAGGCCCCAACGGCAGCGACAGACCAGAUGAUGCUCCAACGGGGCGAGCUCGACGUGACCGGAAUGGACCGACUGCUAAGCGGGAUGGCGAGCGCGAACCGAUCCAUCGGGAUGGGAAGUCCGAUCAAGCGUGCGCGGAUUUUCACUUAGCCAUACGCCUCAGUAGCGACCAGGAUCUCCAACG